AUGGAGGUACGAACCCGAUUCCUGAUCGUCUCCGACACGCAUGGAGAUUCGUUCGGAGUACACAAAGGCCAAAAGGCAGAUGUCGCCAUACACUGCGGUGACCUAACGGAAGAGUCUAAAAUUUCUGAACUCCGCACAACUCUGCGCUUUCUCGCAGAGCUCGAUGCGCCCCUGAAGCUCGUGAUUCCCGGCAACCACGACUUCACCCUCGACGUACCCACUUUCAGGAGGAGGGUCGCUGAAGCAGCGCAACCACUCGAGCCAGAAUUGGUCAGCAAAGAAUUCGGCGAUUAUGGAGAGGCGCGGAGCUUAUUCGAGGAAACAAGGAAGGAUGGAAUCAUCUUUUUAGACGAAGGCAAUCACGAGUUUACCUUGGCCAACGGGGCCCAACUCAAGAUCUACGCCAGCCCAUUUACGCCGUCCAAGGGCGGCUGGGGGUUUCAGUAUGCGCCAGAGACUGGACACCAGUUUUCUAUCGACCAGGGAGUGGAUGUUGUCAUAACUCAUGGCCCACCGCUCGGUGUGAUGGACUUGACGGACUCCAGGGUCAGAGGCGGGUGCCCUGACCUAUUCGGCGCAGUUGCCCGUGCUCGACCCCGGAUGCACUGCUUCGGACACAUUCACGAGGGUUGGGGAGCCAAACUGGUCACCUGGAGGGACAAAGUCAGCGAAAAGCCGUCUCAUUUUACAGACAUCGACAACAGCCGGUCAGUAGUCGUUGAGAAGCUGACGAAUAUCUUACCAAGCCGCUUCGACGAUGCAGAGUCAUCAUUAGAGAAGGAACUCAAAGCGAGGGCGUACCUACGCGAUGGAGGUGCCACGAUCAGACAUUGCAAGGGAGAUGAACAUGCACUGCAGGUUGGACACCAGACGCUCUUUGUCAAUGCAGCCAUCGAGGGGACACAUGAUGCUUUGCCAUAUCAACCAGCUUGGAUCGUUGAUCUCGAUUUGCGAAGAUGCGGCAACUAA